CUUGAUGCUCCAAGCCUGUCUCCACCCCCAUUCAAACUACAGGUCGCUAAACCAAGUUGCACUGUCCACCGGCUAUGUACUCUUUGGUCUACUGCACUGUCUUUGCCUGCUAAUUUCUCUGCUGGCUAGUCCCCUUUUAGAUCCCUCGCCCGUUCGCCAGUUCGGUUGGCUGCUUGUUCCUUGGCUCUUCAAGACGGGUGGUACGAGUAAAAGCUGGACCUCAAGGUCACUCUCCUGCAAAGUUUUAGUGGCAAAGUACUUUACUCAUCCUCCUCUUGUGUUCCUCUCGUCCCACCCCAGCGUCAGAAAGUCUUCCGUCUCGCUCUGGCUGCGGUUUGCUUGCCCACCCCCGGUCUUUCCUCGAAAUCUCCUUCUCUUGCAAACCCGCUUCUCACCUCAUCUUCUCUUCUCGUCUUCCCAUCCCUUCCCUAACCUGAUCUCUCUCUUCUAUCCACACUUUUCUUUUCCUCUUCAUACAACCAGCCAAAAAACACCAAACGAAUUCUAUAUACCGCAGAUCCACGACCCCUUAAUCAACCUUUCCAAUAUCGAAGUUUCUGCAAUUUGGCUCCUGGUCACCCCGAACAACCCCCCGCAUUAUGGUCCAAGGCGAAAGGGCCGAAUAACACCUGCACCUCGUCUCCUGGAAUCAAGCCAGCCCUUCCAAUCUCCCAUACUCCCCGCCCACCCGGUCGACCGACUACCAAGUCGCCCCGAAUAUACCUUCGAGACGACACCUCUUAUCGCGGUCCCCCGCAAAAUCCCCAGACUUUUGGCUUGCUGGCUGCUUGCCUUUUCGUCUCCCCCGCGAUAUCAUAAUCUAAAUACCCCCGAGCUCGACAUUCUAGUCUCAACGACCCUCGAGCUUAUCGUACUUCCUUAGUAUCAUCGUCUCUGGAAGUCAAUCGUUCUUGUCGUCGCCUACCCCGACGACCCGACCCGACCGUUGAUAACUUUCUUUGAUACUGACAAGGAAACUCAUAAUGUCAACGGCAGCAAAACCAGCAAUGACAACCGCUGUAAAGAGGGCCUGCGAUGGCUGCCAUCGUCGCAAGGUCAAGUGUGAUAGUGGUAUCACCUGUCGCAACUGUGCAACUGCUGGUAUCGAAUGCACAUAUCUCGCUAUCCCUCAGAAGAAAGGUCCCAAGGGUUCUCGCGCAAAAGUAAUCACCGAAUUGAGAGACAACCAACGUCAGGCCAGUCUCGCUGCCAAGGUGCAAAACAGACUCGCUGGACAACCCGUUGACCUUACCAUUCCUGCUCUCAACCCUACGGCUGGCAUGUUGUCCAAUGACCUGAUCAAGGCUUGUGUCAACUACUAUUUCGAAAAUGCUUACUCGACACUGCCUUUCCUCGACCGAAACCAAAUCGAACACAUGAUGCUAAAUAUGGAAAGUGGCCGUGACAGGUACUGUCUCUUUGCAGCUCUCUGCGCAUAUGUAGUACUUCAGCCCGGUAUGAUCCUGCCAACUUCAUCGGCAGAAGAGUCCUUCAACCUUCAGCAGCAUCCCGGCGCCAACAUCGCCGCAAGCAAUUUGCUUCUUGAGGAGUGCCUACGCGUUCGAAAGGGCUCCGAUUACUUUGAGACACCGAACUUCAAUAUUAUGGUCACAAACAUUUUCAUCUACUCCUGCAUCAAGAUAAUCGACGGACCAGACAGAGCGUGGUACUACCUACGAGAGGCCACAACUAUGGCUCUCCUUACAAACAUGGACAAGGAAGAAAACUAUGCCCAGUUCCCUCAAACUGAGGCUGUCCGAAGACGCCGAUUUUUCUGGUUCUUGUUCGCCACUGAGCGCGUCUACUUUUUCAACCGCCGUCGCCCCUUGUCCCUUUAUGCGACAAUCGCACCUAGCCAGAUGCACGACGAUCCCAAUGAUGCCUUGUAUCCUGAGCUUCACGCCUUUUUCAUCAUGUGCAACAUCUUCCGACCUAUGGACGACUCUUUCCUGGCCGCUUGGAGAAAUGGUUGCGACCAUCUCGACUGCCAUCAAAUUACUGGUCUAAAGAAUCACCUCAAGGAGUCGCAAGCCACGAACCCCUUCCAUCCCGAGAAUGCCUAUAUGGCCAGUCAACAAUUCCUCAACAAUGCAAUCUGGCAGCUCAACAAUACCCAAAGUCAAUACCACGGCGAUCUCGCACGACAAAUGACCAGCAAGAUGGCUUCUUCUUUCGCGGGCCAGCCACUUGAGCUUGCAAAGUCCUGCUUGUUCCCCAAGCUACUCGAGAUCUGUCUCAACUUGACUACCUAUUUGGCUAACCUGCCUCCGGAUCGACACCCAUUGGCGGUGGGCCCUCACCAGUGGCUCCAGGAUCUCCUCGCCUCUCUCGACCCUGCCCGAAAUGGCGACUUUGCAUUCACUCCUCUCUUGUUGGCGAAGGUCAACGAGAUUCUUCCACGUCUGGCCGACCCACUGCUGCGAAACGCCCCAGAGAACGGCUCUUUCCAAAUGUCUGCUGACAUAUUCGACGGUUUUGGUAAUGCCGGUAUGGCCAGCAUGCCACAAAUGAACGAUUACAACCAAGGCAUGGUCGUCGACGAGAAUGAGACCAAGUACGAUUUGAGUGGCAGUAGUCCGGACACAAUCCCCAACUCCAAUUACUCGAAUGGUACGCCCCCUGGUACGCAACCAGGUAGUGACAUCGCUUCAGCAUUUGUCGGCUCACCUGCUAAUGUCAUGUCCCCUGGCAUCGACUACAAUGUCGGCAACGUGGGCAUGGGCGGUUUCGACAUGUCUGAAAUGGGCAUGAAUUCAUUCACAGCCUCUCAGCCCAACCCACUGAGCAACAUACAACAUCAACAGCGUGUUGGAAGUCAACCGCCCUUGCAGGGUAUACAGAACCAAAAUGUCAACAGUUCAGCCAUGAACCCAACAAUAAACCAAAUAUAUGGUAUACAACAACCCCAGCGGCAGAAUAGCUAUCAGAUGCAAAACCAGCCCCCCUUGUCGCAAAUGGGGUCAAUGUCUGACAUGGACUUUUCAAUGCGAUAAUUACACCAAAAUUAAAAACAUAUCUUGUUUGGGCCUAGAUGCUUGGGCAAGCACUGUAUGCAUUUUUCGUUGUCUUCUCUGGAAUUACUAUGACAUGGGCGCACAACACAGCGCUUCUUUUACCUUGCGUUGUAUCUAUCUUGCGAGCAAGUUUCUGUCUGCGGAUCAAACGGAAAUCGGAGGCUGGCGCUUUGGAGUUUUGGAUCACCCGUCUUUCACAAGAUAAAGGCUGAGGAUCAUGUUAUGCUUGUUAUGUUGUCAAGUGACUUGAAUCGGGGAUCCCUGAAAACAAAUGUUAUGUUACGGAUGGCUCUACAUUUAUGGUGUUAUGCACAUUCUUCACUUUGUGGUUAUAGAAUUAUGAAUCAAAACUUUACUCUAUUCAAUUAAUCUUGAACUUCUCUCUCGUCGUGCACUGAACCAGUUUGGCCCGAGCAUUAAUUCGGCCACUUCGCUUGUGAUUUAAUAGAUUUAAUUGUAAAUUCUGGGU